AAGGCUUUAGUGCCAAGAUGCGACAAAAAAGCAAGUCGUAUUUUACUUCCGGAAUAACUAUUUUAAAUGCGAAUUGUGGUUUUAUAAGAUGCAUGUGUUUCUCAAACAAAAAACAAUAUAUAAUACAAAUAAACAAAAAAUAAUAAAAUACAUCCAGAAAAUAUUUUUUCCGAAAGUGAUACGUUGGCUGUCAAAUAUCGGCAGAGGGCGCAAUAAAUCACGGCAAAUCUAUAAGCUCCAGAAUUAAUUUUCCCUACAGGAUUACAAAUAUUUAUUAAGCACUUCAUUUAAUGGCACAGCUCGUAAGUUUCUUGAAAGAGUAAUCAGUGCAUCUUAAAUUGCUAACAGUAGGGUCUACGCACAAGGCAUUUCAUUUACGGAGACAAGGAAAAUACAUUCAUCCAAAAUAAUCAAAAUCGAUGUACUGUUUGUGAUACCUCGAAUUUAUGUGUUACAUUUACUUCUAAAAUUUGUUCGUUAUACAUAGAUGAUUCCCUUAGGUAAACAUCCGUGAAAUGCCUGUCAUUUUAAGGAAGAAAACAAGAAUUCAUGUGACGAAUUCAUCUUAGGAAUCCCAGUUAAUAUAAAUAGGGACAGGUUAUGAAACAGGAUUUCAAAAUUUAGUAUUAUGGCGAAAGGAAAUUCACAACGGGGGUCACAGGCUGGGGUUCAACACUGGAUGCACAGUACAGGGUAACAGUACAGUAAGUGAAGGGUAACAUAAAUAAUGUACAGCAUUCGGCUAUGAUUCGUAAUAACGACAGCUAUUUGAGUGCGUUAUUUUAAUACAUUUUUUAUCAGAAUAUGGGGAAUUGAAAAUGAAUAGAAAUCAGGAUUCCUGCAGCGCAGAGUCAUAGCUGGAGGACGAAAAUGACAACACCGGCACGAAUUAUACAACUUAGCGGGCAUGUGGACCACGUAAGCAAGUCGGUCACGUGACCAGAGCGCAUAAAAAAGGCUGACAGAAGGGCGGCUGUAUUCAUAGCGCUGGUGUUACAGUCGGGAUUCACGUUGGAGGGUCCAGCUCUGCCGUAUGACUUACGGCAAACACUAGUGUGAUUAGCUGUUUAGGCUCGGACCUCCCCACCUUUGACGGAUAUAAUGAGAGCAUGGCCAAGCGGCGGGACGCCGAUGAAGGGAGGCUGAGCGCUCCGGCGGCGCGACCGGAGCGCGGCGAUGCGCUGGAUCCCGGGCAGCUGACCAUGGAUGGCGAGGACGGAGCGGAGGAGGAGCUGUCGCUGGAAGAGAUCUUGGUUCUGUACGGCCAGCCGAUCAACGAGGAGCAGGCAUGGGCCGUGUGCUAUCAGUGCUGCUGCUCCUUGGCGCGGGGAAGCGGGGGAGAGUCCAAGUCCCGUGGGGCUUCAGCGGGGUGUCACGCAGGCAGGAUCGGGGGACCCGGGGACGUCAGGAUUCGCAAAGAUGGGUCUGUCAGGUUACAGCAUCAGGAUGCUCCAGAUAAGCAUCGGUCACCAUGCACAAUGACAGAGAUGAUCGAGUCACUGGGCAUCAUGAUCUACAAGGCCCUGGACUACGGGCUCAAGGAGAACGAGGAGCGGGAGUUGAGUCCCCCACUGGAGAACAUCAUCGACCUCAUGACCAACGUGGCGGAGACAGAGGGCGACGGCUGCCCCGAUGAGGGCUACGAGGCCACGGAGGAAGAGGACGAGGAAGUCCAGGCCGAGGUCCUUAGUGUCCGCGGCUACAGAGACAUCCUCAAGCUCUGCACUUCCCAUCUCCCCAGUCCCUUAGAUGCCCCCGACCACUACCAGGCCGUCUGCCGUGCCCUCUACGCCGAGACCAGGGAGCUCCGCACCUUCCUGGAGAAGAUAAAGAAUGCCAAAGAGAACCUGAGGAAGAUGGAGGGGGAGCAGGAGGAGGAACCGCGGGACCUCAACGACCUGCAGAACGCCGACUGGGCUCGGUUCUGGGUCCAGGUGAUGAGGGACCUACGCACCGGUGUAAAGCUGAAGAAGGUCCAGGAGCGUCAGUACAACCCGCUGCCCAUCGAGUUCCAGCUGACGCCCUACGAGAUGCUGAUGGACGACAUCCGCUCCAAGCGCUACAAGCUGCGCAAGGUCAUGGUCAAUGGGGAUAUCCCUCCCAGGCUGAGGAAGAGUGCCCAUGAGGUCAUCCUGGAGUUCAUCAGGUCCAGGCCGCCCCUGAACCCAGUCGCAGCCCGGAAGCUGAAGCCCCACCCAGAGAGGCCGCCAACCCUUCACGAGCGAAUCCUGGAGGAGAUCAAGUCUGAGAGGAAGCUGCGGCCCGUGUCUCCGGAGCAGAUCCGCAGGAGCCGGCUGGUAUUUCGGCCUCUUAGCAUGUCUUACAGUUUUGACUUGUCAGACAUGUCGAACGGGGCCUCCAGGAAGAAGACUCUUAGUGCCCUCGGACUGACCAAUGGGACGGCGGCUCAGGGCCAGCAGAACGGGGUGACUGAGGGGCAGCUGCUGUCCCAGCGGAAGAGGCUCCUGAAGGCCCCGACGCUGGCGGAACUGGAGAGCUCCGAGUCGGAGGAGGAGGUGACACGCCGGUCGGCCAGUAGUUCCAGCAUCUCCACGUCCAUGGUGGAGGACACCUCCCCAGAGUCUGUCCUGGGCAAGAAGACUCCGCCCCUGUUCCUGCCCAUCUCCUCCACACCCCAACCGGAGCGACGUCAGACCACCCAGAGGAGACACUCCAUCGAGAAGGAGACCCCAACAAACGUGCGGCAAUUCAUGCCCCCGACGCGGCAGAGCUCCAAGUCUCUGGUGGCGAGGAUAGUCCGUUUGUUUCCCAGGAUCCCCCCCAUGUCCGCCCUGCACGCUCUGCAGAGCGCCCACCCCUCGGAGACGGCCGUGCUGGGGGUGUUCUGGGCCGUGUCCGCCCUCUGUGAGAGCGUUUGCGUCAGCAGGCCCGAAUCCUCCAAGGAGGAGUUCUGCUACCCGGUGGAGUGCCUGGCCCUCACGGUGGAGGAGGUGAUGCACAUCCGGCAGGUGCUGGUGAAGGCCGAGCUGGAGAAGUUCCAGCAGUACCGGGACGUGUACAACGCCCUGAAGAAGGGCAAGCUUUGCUUCUCCUGCCGGACAAAGAGGUUCUCCUUCUUCACCUGGUCAUAUACCUGCCAGUUCUGCAAAAGACCCGUGUGCUCACAGUGCUGUAAAAAGAUGAGGCUUCCGGCCAAACCCUACGCCAGCCUGCCCAUCUAUUCGCUGGGCCCCAGUGCCCUGCCCCACGCCACCUCCUCAGCCCAGCCCGAGACGUCCUCCUCCAGUCCCCAACGGCACAGUCUCCAGCGAACUGUCUCCAGGCUGACCAAGCCUGGAGACGGGACACGUGGGGAGGUGGCUCUACCUGAGGAGCUGACAGAGGACUGGAGCACCAUGGAAGUGUGCAUAGACUGCAAGAAGUUCAUCUCAGACAUCAUCUCGUCCAGCAAGCGCAGCCUGUCGCUGGCCACUAGGCGAGCUCGCUUGAAGCGCAAGACCAAGUCCUUCUACAUGUCCUCACCCAACACGUCAGAGUACCGGCCGUCCGAAAGGACCAUCAAAGAAGUGUAGCCCGGUGCCUUGUCCUUACAGGCCCCCACCCCCCACAUCCCAGACCUAAUCCCCCCCCCGAGAAUGAAACGGGACAAACUCUCAGAAUCUGACUGGGUGGUGAUGGUCAACCCACUGGCAGGUGGUGUCCGUCCCACUGGGUUUGGCCGACGUCUCCCAUCGUUCCUGUGCGCUCACGUCACGGGCCCUGGGCGGGAAUGGGGGCCCCUGGGCGGGAAUGGGGCCCCAGGCCGGAACGCCGCUGAAAUCGGGUGGAUGGCUGGGGUUGAUGUUUGGUUGGCUGCCUGUCUGCUGUUGAGUACCAGAUCUUCCAGACAAAAAACAGUGACAUGUGUCCUGUUGUUCUGUGGCUGCUGUGUGCGGUUCCCCCUUUCUGCCAACAUCCCCCCCCUCCUGCCUGGUUGAAGUGUACAGGCUGGGGCAGGGGCAGGGCACCCAGCGUGGUGCAACCCCUCCCAUCACCAUAGCAAAUUUGGAUUUAUCACGUUUGAAUCCCAGAGGAUUCUACAAAUGGCUCGGCAUCUGGCCCCUCCCUCCAUACAGGAUUAUAUACAAGCACAAUUCUAUGGAAAAACUUGUAAAUACAAAUUUACAAAAUAAAUUGUACAAAUUUAUUUGAACAUUUUCAGUGCAGCUUAUUUAAAAAAAAUAAAUAAAAUCAACCCUAAAUGAAUUAAGGGAGAAAAGGUCAGUCAGAACAGUAUCCUGAGCCAGUGAGGCAACAAGCCAAAAGUAAUGACAAUAAUGGAUGUUUUAAGGAUUAUUUAUACCAGCUUUGGAUUGUAAAUGUUUUCCUACAUGGUGAUGUUUUUUACGGCAAAGUUUACAUGUGUGUACACACCGUGGUGAGGCCAGUGCUGUCUUAUGGACUCCAUUUCCUCACUCUGUGUGUGGCUUUUUUUUUUUAAAAAAAAAAACAUCCCUUGGUUUCUAUGGGCUGGAACUACAACAGCAGACCAGGCCAGUACUAUAUCACGUGUUUUGAGGGAACCCCGUCCACACGUUGGAAGAAAAGCCCGUUUAUAAACGGAUGUUUGUUUGUAUCGUCAGGGUUGCCAUACAAUUAAUCUGUUCCAGCAAUUAUGUCCCGCCCCUGCAUUUCCAAACGGGGUAUACCUUGAUCUUCGUUAUGGGCAUUUCAGGAAUUUCAGACUAGAAUGCUGGUCGUUUCUAAGUUGAGACCCCUUCCCGGACAUUGUGACGAGGAGGCAGAAACAGGCCGCGUUAUCCAUUGUACAGCGUAAUUCAUAUAACUAAGAUAUUUAAGAACAAGGUCUUUUCUGUUUGUGGAGGUUUCGUUUAACAUUUGAGUUUUUCUUACUUGCCUAAAGGGGUCGCCUCUGUAUUUGCUGGAUAUUUCUGCUUCUCCUUGCUGUAAAAUACUUAAUGCCACAUGACAGAAAUGAAUAUGAUCCCAAACGUGCCAGCUGAGUACCAUCUGGUCUCAGAGGGUCAUGAGAGACAGAGAUGGGUGACCAUUUGUGUAUAAGAUGUACAGUCAACUUGUAUAUUACCAAUCGCUACGGUCUACUGAACUGUGCUAAAAACUUUAGUUUAUUUGAAUAAUUUGAAUUAAUGAUUUAUUAUUAUUACUAAGAAUGUUAUUGUCAUUGAUAUGAGCAUUUUUAAGUUGUUUUCCUACAACCCUAACAUUCAGUCCUAGUAAACCAGUUACAGGAAUCAGUUUGUUUUGCUUUUGCCUUGUGUAAAAAAACAAAAACAAAACAAAAAAAACUGCAAUCCAUUUUCCAGCCAGCCUGUACUCAGCCUGCCCUGUUCCCUCCCUCAUUUUGGAAAGUACCGAAUUUCCUAGUCGUUUGUGGAAUAAAAGGGAACACCUUUCGUUUA